AUGCCUUCAAUCACCGCCGUAACCAUCUUCAUCUUUGGCCUCAGCGCCUUCAACCACGGUGUCAGCAAUCUAAUCUCCCCUCGCAAGGCUCUCGCCGCAAAGCAACUCCAAGACUCAGCUCUCCCCGCACUCAACGGCUUUUCAGUCGCCAUUAUCGGUAUUGGCAUCUACUAUAUGCUGGCGGCUUAUCAAGAGAAUCGCGGCUUCUUUGCUCUCACCUUGGCGCGAUUUAUUUCAGCCAGAAUCUUUUGGUUACAAGGACCUGCUUGGAGAGUGAUUGCAACAUGGGAGGCAUUCUCAGCUGGCCUCACGGCCGCCGCUCUGGCUUAUGAGGGAUACCAUGGGACCCGAAUGAAACGGGACAUCGGAUGA